UUUUUACAGAGCCGUUUUUCACUAGUUGCAAGGUAACUGCUGACAGGAUUCCCCUCUCUCUCGAAAUCAAGAAAAUUGUUUGCCUCAAAAGGUUGGUUAGACUGAAAUAAGACUAAUUCAACUGACAGUCGGUCAUGACUCGAUCUGUAAAACGGGUGAUCUCCACCUCGCUAGGAAUCCUGGGAUGGCAUGGGGUAUUGUUAUUUCUUCUCAUCAUUUCACUGUUCAAGAUUUUCCAUUGGGAACACGAAAGGCCCCUCGAACAGGAAAUCGCAGCGUGCCCAUGUACCCUGGGUGCCAUCUACAGCAAUAUCAUGUUUCUUCUCCCAUCCUUGGCUGCCUACAUGAUUGCAUGUUUUGCUUAUUUCCGUCAAGACGACGGUAGCGUUCCUUGGUCUGCUUUGAAAAAAUUCUACGAAAUGGUACGUUCCUGUGAUUUCUUAGAAGAGUCCACCGAUUUUGAUUUCCAUGUGGAGGUCUGCAAUUACUGCCACCAAGUCGAGCGUGAUUGGACACUUGUGAAAAUUGCAGUUUCGGCAGUGCUUUCGUCGCUGUAUCCUCUUGUAUGGAUCACCCUCAGUCUUCUUCAAGCCCAUUACUAUGUCUGUGCUCAAGUCGGUCCCUCACCAAUAAUUGUUACUAGUUUCUGCAAUGUAACAAUUGGGGAAGAUUAUUCUAAAGAGUACGCCUUGGCAGGGAUUCGCUCGAAAGUCAUCGGAGGAAUUUUGUUUGCCUGCAUGCUGUUUUUUGCUGGGUUGUUUGUAAUCCUCCAUGGCGAGAUAGAAAACUAUUUGAAAAAGAUUGAAAAGUCCUCAGACGACGACGAGAGUACUGGUAAACUUGCAGUUUGUGUCACUGUCUUGCCAGACUAUUCACAUGGGGCAACAGAUGUAUCAGGAGCAGCAACUUCCCGCCGCAGCAGUGCACCGAUCAUCCCAAGUGGCCCAGGAGCUCCUGGAUUCAAAUGUCAGUCCACUAUCAAACAAGAUCCAAGUGAUAAAGCGAAGGGAAUUCAAAUCCAUUUGACCGAUAAACUUGUCUCUGCCCUCCGAGGGAGUUUUCGAAAUGGCGGAUGGCAAGGUGUUGAUAUCCGCUGUUCACAACAGGAAGAACAGAGGAACCUGCCAGGAUGUUUUCCAUUUCGCUCGCCAUCUCGAACCAAACUACUUUCGGACGCUCAGAGGAAGCAUGAGUACGAAUCACUGUGUGAAGUAGUAGAUAAAACUACUCGAGGUUAAAAGGACGUUUUUCAUCGACGUUCUGAACGCUCGUUUAGACGUAGAAGUUAAGGAAAAUAACGCAAGUUUUCUCGAUAGCUAAGUAACCAAAACUAUCGACUGAUUGAAGGGGAUCAUUCGCGAAAGUUUAACAUUCUAUGACAUCCCUGUCUCCCUGACCUG